CAGAGGAAUAACUAAAAAUCAAGUAAGUGAAGAAAUGAUGUUUAUAAAAUUAAUCAACAAAUUUAUUGUUUAGUUCAGAUAUUAUAAUAUAUAUUAUCAGGUUAUAUUCCUUUUUGGUAUUUUUAUAAAACAAUUUUUAAUAUUAUUAUUUAUUAAUAGAUAUUCUUAAUAUUUUAUUAUUUAUAUGUAUUUAUUUCGCUAACCAUAAAUAAAACAUUAAUAUCUGUUUAAAUACCGGUAUAACUCUUACGUUAUGGCAACCUAUUUCGUAUUGUAAACAAGCAUCUGACAUAUGGUUUCAAAUUCAAAUCGUUAAAAACGGACUCUAUGUGAAGUCAGAACUAACAUUAAGAAGAUAAACAAUAUACAUAAUACGAUUGGUAUGGGGUUUUAAAUAUACAGUUCGGAAUUUUUUCUGUUAUUAAGAAGAUGUCUACCAGAUCGGGGAAACGUAUUCAUUCUUCGGACAUAGAAAAUAUAGAAAAGAUUGUAGAAUUACAAACUGUGCGAAAAACACGAAUUAAGAAACAAAAAGAGAACUGUGAUGAAGUAGCUACUGCGAAAAAGAAGAGAAACUUCGUGAAACGUCCUUCUGGUGAUGAGACAGAAAGUUUAAAUGAUAAAACAGAGCUUGCUACUAAGGGUUCACGGAAAUCGAGAAGGAACACACUCAAAGAACUUAAUGUUGUUGAUAUCGACUCUGAGAUACUACAUGAUAAAACAUCUAUGCGACACUCAAGAAGGAUCAGGAAAGAAGAUGCUGAACCUACAAAUGUGCUUGUUGAAGAAGACAUCAAAAGUAAAGAGAAGAAAAAGACAAAAAAGAGAAAAGUCACUGUGACAGAGAAAAUAGAGAUUGAACCAGAAGCUGUUAUCAUUCCAAAGAAAAAAAGUAACAAAAAGAAAAAUAAGAAUUCAAAUUCAUUUAUUGUUGAAGACUUAGCACUGCCGCGGGAGGACAUGAGCUUUAACAGGAGCAAUGUGUCUGCUGACUCAUUCCACAGUGCGGCCGGCAGCCCUGACAAACUGGAUAAUGAGGCUAAGAGUGACGACAAGAGACAUAAGAGGAGAGAGAAAAAAAUAAUUAGCUCUACAACAUGUGACAAUACAGCUAAUGAAAACUAUAAAGGAAAAAAGAAAAAUAAAAAGAUAGAGAAAGAUAAGACUCAAAAAUUAGGUUUCAAAGAAAAGUCUUUUGAAGAAAUUGAAAGUAAAUUUGGGCCAAUCGAUACAAAAAGUGAAAUGUCCUUUGAUUUUAAAAACUGUGAAUCAUUAAAAACAAAGUCAAAGAAGAAGAAGAAGAAGUCUAAGAAAAUAAUUCCUUAAAUGGUAAAUACAAAUACAUCUUCGGAUAACGUUGAUGUUGACCUGAAGAGUCCCUCGGAGUGUGAACUUCCAGGAUCCUUGAACAGUUCAAUUAAAGUCAGUCCUCAAAAUAGAUGGAAAGGAAUUACAAUGAGUGAUGUCAGUGGCAUUGCCUCCACUACUUAUAUGCCUGAUGUGAAUGGUAUUGAGAGAACUCCAGACAAAACAAAGCCAAACAGCAGUUCAAAAAAAAGAAGGAAAUCUAACGGAAACAUUCCAGAUAGUAAUGAAAUUGACACAUCCAUAGCACUGUUGAAUGAAUCCCAUAACGGCAGCAGUCGCAGCUCAAAUCAGCUCACAAAUAAAAAGGAGAUGAGAAAAAGUUUUGAUAAAGAUUCAACAUAUGAUAAGUUGUCUGGUACAGAUGUUCAUAACACUGUUGAUAGAGACAGCUGUGGCAAUAACACAACCAGCAACAAGAAGGAAUCUCUGAACGAUAGAAGAGGGUCACACAGAAGAUCCGACAUCCAAAAUAAUACAUACGAUAAGACUGACGACAAGGGUUUUAAUUUGAAUGCAACCUUCGACAAGGAAAUUACAGAAAAUACAAGCAACUCAUCAACCUAUGUUGGCAGAAAAUCAAGAUCAUCAAAAUUUUCUUUAGAGAAAUGUGAGACUUCCACAGUUUUGAAUGGCACUUACGAUAAGAGCAUAGAAAUCACUUCAACUCUCAACAAUACAUUUGAUAAACCGAAGUUAGAUGCCACUUUUGAAUGUACGGAUGACAAGAAACAUGUAGAAUCGAGGACUACCUCCUCCAUCAUGAGUUCGGACAACACAAACAUGACCUCAGACAUGUCCGAAGACUGCUCUCGUAUCAGCAUCACAAGUGAUGACUCCAGAAGUGAACACAUUGUCAAUACCACUCCACUUCUGAUCGAGAGCAGCAUGGACGAAUCUCAGGCUAAUAAAACUGUCACACCUGUAAAAGAUGAUGCCAGCGAAGUGAAGAACACUCCUGACAAACAAUCUACAACAGAACUUAGCAACAGGACACCGCUUAAACGAGACGGGACUUACACUGACUUGAGGAAAACACCGUUGAAACGACAGGGAACGUUCACAGAGGACCCAACACCAGGGGCGGCCGAUGCGACUCCAGUGACACCUCUGAAACGUGAAGGGACAUUCACUAAGGACAGUCCUCCCGGGUCGCCGAAGGUAUCAAAUAAAACUCCUACCCGGCGCAAGUCGAUGCCAUCUCCCGGACGCACGCCUUUUCCUUUCUCGAAAAGCAGUUCUAAGGAGAAGAGCAUGUUGAACAUCACACAUUCCAUAGAAAAACCCAAACGUCGUUCAUCAGUGGCCGCGGCCGCCCCUCGACUCACCAAAGUGAUGUUCUGCAGCCCUGUCGACAAUCCCGCUUCCACGACCCUCGUGAAGGGGAAGGUUAUUAAGUCCAACUUGAAGGGAUCUAACAAGAGCUUCGUGUUUGAUGAGAGCGUGUGCGAGUCACCCAGCGUGCCUCGCAAGCGAUCCCUGACCCAUGGCAGCGAGGUGGGCGAGGCCAAGCGAGCACGACUGGCCCAGGGAGCCAGUACAGGGCGCGGACCACCAGCGCUGCAGCCAGACUCCAAGACCCCGGCACCGAAGAAAGACGCCACUCCGUCCAAGAGCAAGCAGCCCCGCACCAAGCUGCCGAACUUCGCGGCCCUCCAUCAGAAACAUUUCGGCAAGAUGGAGUCGUUGGACGAGUGUCAGGAACGGAAGGCCAAGCGAGCCCGGCAGCUGUUGACGCCCAAGACGACAGAUGUCCAACCAAGUAGCAAGAAAGCUGAAACACCACCAGAAACAAAAACAAUCGAAAAGAAAAUUUACACGAAAUUCGGGUUUAAACUCAAUCCUGACGUGAAUCCGUUCAGUAUACCUUCAAAGAGCACCAUCAAGCCGAAGGAUAAUGUUAUCAAGCAAGGUCUCAGACGGCAGGCCACCCUGCCCUCGCUGGCAGGGACCACGCUACGGAAGGAAGCCGCCAAGCAGACCGUCAUGAGGGAGAAGUCCUUCACGGACAAGAGAGACGAAGCCAGGAGGGAAAACAGAACGGUUAUCAAAGGAGUGCGGACCAACAGGCGGUUCGAACUACAGAUGAAGAUGAGGAACAUCAACUGAUGCAAGUCGCUGACGGAGAGGACGCUGCUGGGCAGUCACAGACUAACUUAAUCUUUUCUCUGUUUUAUAUAUAUAACUUAAUCCACAGACUAACACUCACACUAACUGACAUGUUGAAGGUAGUUUAUGUUUUAUUUACACAAUAUACUGUUAACAUCAAGAACUCCCGUGACUAUAGUUUUAAUGUAGACGUAAUCAGUAUUAAUCUGUCCUGUCUCAGUCUCCUGACAGAGCGCCAUGUUGAUUAUGUAUUUUAAUAAAUGUGUUUUAUAU